GCGUGCAUACGUGUGUGCGUGUGUGUGUUUCCUCCACCCACCACAGCUCUUCUCACUCCUCUGUUCUCUCUCUCUGCUCCUCCAGCUCUGCUCUUCUGCUCCUGCAGUGAGCAAUGGACGAAAGCAGCUUCGAGACAUUUGAGGACGAGCUGAAAAAACCCCUGCAGGAAAAUCCUCCUCAGAAACCUGUCAGACAAACACGAGCAGAGAUGUACACUCAGAGGAGGGUUCGAGAGGAAGCUCCAAUCGCUCAGCAGGUGCCGAAAAUGAUUCCCCGUGAACACCCACUGUCCAGUGCCACAUCGUUACGCAGAGCUCUGUCCAUCCAGAACCUCAGUCAGAUGCAGAUGGAGCGUCCGUGGGAAGGAGUGACGCUCAACCGCUGCCUGAUCGUGGCCAUAACCAUCCUGCUGCUGAGCUCCGGCUUACAGAGAAUACACGAUGCUGUCAGAGGGCGAAAGGAGGACAGCGAAGCGCUCACGGUGCUAACUGACAGACACACGCUGCUCAGACGAGGGAAAAUUACACCACAGCCGGACUCUUCAUUAUGGGACACACUGUUCUGGUGGCUUGAUGAUGAUGAUGAUGAAGAAAGAUCCGGAAAGCACAAGAAAGUUUCCAGGAGCCUCAGACAUAGAGCCCUUCCAGACCCGCGGCUCCUGAAAAAGAGGAAAACCUUCACUGAGCGCAGAGGAAGAGCAGGGGAAGAAGAGGUUAAAGAGACUCGGAAAAAGAUGAAAGCCAAGAAGAUGGAGGAAGAGGAAAACAUGGAGGGGAAAGCAAAGAAAGACAGCAAGAAAAAGAUGAAAGCCAAGAAGAUUAUGGAGGAAGAAGAAGAGGAGGGAUACAUGGAGAAGAAGAACAAAGCAAAGAAAGACAGCAAGAAAAGUCCUGUGAGGAAAGAGUUAAAGCAGUGAUGAACACACCAGAAGAGAAUUAUUCAGUGGAUAUACAUCUGAAGUCAGAAUCAUUCGCCCUCCGGUGAUGUUUUGGAAAUAUUUCCCAAAUGAUGUUGAACAGAUUCAGGAAUUUCUCACAGUAUUUCCUACAAUAUUUUUUCUUCUGGAGAAAGUCUUAUUUGUUUUAUUUCAGCUAGAAUAAAAGCAGUUUUUAAUAGUUUUAAACCCAUUUUAAGGUCAAUAUUAUUAGCCCCCUUCAGCAAUAUUAGUUUUGAAUUGUCUACAGAACAAACCACUGUUAUACAAUGACUUGCCUAAUUACCCUAACUUUACCCUAAUUACCCUAGUUAAGCCUUUAAAUGUCACUUUAAGCUGAAUACUAGUGUCUUGAAGAAUAUCUAGACAGAUCAUUGAACAUUACUAAAUUUAAUUUGCUUCUUUAAAUUCAGCCCAUAUAAAUUCUUUACAGCCACUUACCAUAAAUAAACAUAGUAAAUCCAAUAUGAAUCAUUUUCACUGCACUUCUGAGUGCUUUUAGAAGAUGUGGGUGUGUUUAAACAGGGUAUAUGCAGGAAUCAAUUUCAAUACCUUUUUAAAGACCUCCUGAGAAUAUUUUAAGUCCUCAUCGCCACUUCAAGUUCUAAUCAGUAUCAAAACCUUUAACUUAAACAGUUGUUAAUAAACAGUCGUAGUAAAAUAAAUUAAUGGACCACAACCGUGCAACAGAACGGAAGAAAAGCUUAAAAUAAUCAAUUAUACGGUUGUUUUCAGCGACAGGUUUCAGACACGGUUUAAACUCGUCUUUCUCCAACCAGGAGUAUGCUAACUUACAUUUUCCCAUUCGCUCUAUUGACCUUAUUCUUUAAUGCGGAAGUGCGUGCGUUUUUACGAUUGUUUUAGAACUUCCGAUUCAGCUGCCUAUGGGAGAAAUGACUAGGAAUAAUAAACGGUAGAAAACGGUCAAACUACUUACUCUACAAACAAGUGUUUGCAUGAUAAUACAGACAAAGUGAACAAUAUAAUACGAAAAUAUCAGUUUGCAACAUCAAGCAGCAAAACGCGCCUUUUUUUGUAACGUUUAAAAAUGAAUGGAAGUGAAUGAGACCGGAAGUCUCGAGCCAAAAUGAUUCAAAUGGCUGCGCCCACUCGUACGCGGAGAAUAAGGUGAAUAGUUUCGCUACAUGUGGAGAGCGUCACCCUCCCGCUUUUGUCGCAAAUUACGUGAUAUUACCCGGAUGGAGGAGCUUGGCUGGUGUUCUGUCGAUUUGUUCUACCUUGUCAGAUUGUCCUACAUCCCAUUCAAAGAGCAGGUAGCACAUUUUGAUGACACAAUAUGCUACCCGGCGGAUUUUGCUACCACUGUAAAUUUUAAUCUGGAGUAGUGCGAUAUGAAGCUGUAAUAUCACCCUAAUCCACCUAAUCCUUAACUCCAACCUCAGAACCAUUCAAAUACAGUGUUGGUGGCAUAAUCUGUUGGGGAGGAUUAAAUGUCAGGACACCGGACGCGCCCUGGGCCGAACAAAUCGCGUGGAUCGAGCACGGCGUUAUUAAUAUUAGGAAGAAAAAGAUAUAUUUUUAUACUUUUUUUGGAGUCAAACAUAUUGGAUAACGCUUGAACAAAAAUUUAAGACCUCG